AUGUAUCCUGGACGAAAAUACGAACAGCAAUACGGUAAAAAACCGAAUAAUUCUGGUUAUCCAGGUUAUCAAGCACCUCCGCCUCAACAACCGGCACUUCAGCCUCUACCACCUGGAUGGAUAUCUCUGUAUGAUCAUGCUAGUCAAAAGUAUUAUUUUGUUACUACUGGAAUUUCACAAUGGGAACCACCUCCACCAAAUCAACAAUACUAUAGUCCACCUUCGCAACCACCUCCAAAUCAACGUUAUAAUGCUCCUUCACAACCACCUCCAUAUCAACAAUACAAUAAUGCUCCCUCACAACCACCUCCAAAUCAACAAUACAAUAAUGCUCCUUCACAACCACCACCAUAUCAACAAUCGCCUGGUACAGCCUAUAACCAACCUCAACAAUAUCCGUCCCAAGGCUACGUAAUGUAUCAAAAUCCGAAUUUACCUCCCCCUUCAAAUUAUGUAUUAUCAAAUUGUACAGGACGCAAAAAGGCUUUGUUAAUUGGAAUUAAUUAUUUUGAUUCUCAAUUUGAAUUGAGAGAUCCUACAAGGCGUCCUCUUAGAGGAAAUAUUAUAGCUGCAAUGAAUUGGCUUGUACAAGAUGCAAAACCAAAUGAUUCGUGUGUAGAAGAUCUUGACGGCGAUGAGGAUGAUGGAUUUGAUGAAACCAUUCUUCCGCUUGAUCAUGAAAAAAGUGGUCAAAUAAUUGAUGACGAGAUGCAUGCUAUAAUGGUGAGACCACUUCAACCUGGUGUAAGAUUAACCGCUAUAUUUGAUUCGUGCCAUUCGGGAACUGCGCUUGAUUUACCAUACAUAUAUAAUACGCAAGGUGUAGUUAAAGAGUAUAAUGUUCUUGCCGAUGGUGGGAAUACUAUUAAGAGUGCUGGAAUGUCUUAUUUAAGGGGUGAUUUAAAUGGUAUAAAAACGAGUAUAAUGUCAUUUGGAAAGAAAGUGAUGUCUGGAAACAAGAUAGCAGAGCAAAAUAGGGUGAACAAAUUAAGUUACGCCGAUGUUAUUAUGUUUAGUGGGUAA